AACACGUGUGCGCCCUCUUUCCCCUCCGCUUUUACAGUCGGUGGUGGUGCAACUUGCUUGGUCGUGUCCUAUCGGGCUCAUCCAACACCAUUGCUGACAUCUAGAUCGAAAACAAGUUCACUUUAAUCAACUACAAUGCCUCCCAAAUUCGAUCCAACCGCUAUUCACGAAGUAUGUGUGAGGGCUGUCGGUGGAGAAGUUCCAGCCACUUCUUCCCUUGCCCCCAAGAUUGGUCCCCUCGGUUUGUCUCCCAAGAAGAUUGGUGAUGACAUUGCCAAGAACACCACCGAGUGGAAGGGACUGAAGAUCACUGUGAAGCUGAUCAUCCAGAACCGACAGGCCAAGGUCGAGGUUGUAGCUAGUGCUGCAUCCCUCAUCAUCAAGGCCCUCAAGGAGCCCCCAAGGGACAGGAAGAAGGUCAAACACGUGAAGCAUUCUGGCAACAUCACAAUGGAUGAUGUCUUCAAGAUAGCCAGACAAAUGAGGGCAAGGAGUAUGGCAAAGUCUUUCUCCGGAACUGUCAAAGAAAUUCUGGGAACCUGUCAGUCAGUUGGGUGCACAGUUGAGAGAAGUCAUCCACACACAGUCAUUGAGAAGAUUGACAGUGGAGAAAUGGAAACCCCAGAGGAAUAAACUGGCAGCAUGGAUGUUUUGAAAUAAACUUUUAUGCAUCCAC